AUGGAUAAUUAUGAAUAGGUUUUAAUAGUUAAUGCUAUUUAAUUAUAAUCUGUUCAAAACUAAUUCGAAUCAAUCAAUUAAGAACUUGCUAAACUCAUUACAAAAGUAUCAAAACUUUAUAAAUUAGAAAAAAUAUAAAAAAUUAUAUGCUUUAUUGUCAAAAUUUUUUGAUCGUUAUGAUCAUUCUAGUUAGAUUCAUUUGAAUGAUAGAAUUCACUUUUAAAAUAUUCUUCUUAAAGCUUUAAAUAAGAUAUUUUAGAAAUGCAUUUUGAAAGACAUGUCUCGAAAAAAUAUUAUCGACAUAAAAGUUUGGAAAUAGAAAAUUUUUAAAUAUUUAGAAAUCUAUCCAACACUUCUAUCUAAAUUAACUUGUAAUUUAGAUAUGAUCUAAAUUGAAACUAAACAUAGAUUAAGAGAGCAAAUUAGAAGCUCCUUAUUAAAAGAUUAAUUAUCAUACUAAAUUCAUUAGUAAAAUAAUACUAGACUUAAAUUAAACUAAAUAGUAAAUAAUUUUUGUUUAGAAUAAGAAUAUGAUAGUUAUAUGCAAAAUAUUAUGAUAGCUUUACGCCUUUUAAGUUAUUAGGAUAUUAAACCUUAAGAAAAAGUUAAAUAUGCUAAACUAUCAUUUGAAAUUAGUAAAAUCUUACUUUAAGGAAAAGGUAAAAGAGCUUUUAAAUUAUCUCAAUACAUUUUAUGUGCAACUAACUUAUUUGUUAAGAGUUUCGAAAAUGAUGAUGAUUUGACAAAAGAAAUCUUAGAAGAAGUUAACUCUUCAAUUACAAUAAAUUAUUUAUUAUAUUUAGUCUAAUAAAUUGAGGCAAAUAAUGAUUUUAAAAAGAAAUUAAAAUGUAAAUGGAAAUUUAUGAAAUUAUUAAAACCAUUAACUUGGUUUUGGAUGCAAUCUAUAUAUUAUUAUUAAUCAAUCUUUAAAUUUGAAAAAUGUUAAGCUAUAAUGACUUUAUUGAAAUGGAUAAGCUUUUAUUAUUUUAUUCAAAAUGAUGAAUUAGCAAGUUAUAUUUAAAAUGUAUCAACAUAAACAUAUUCUAAAUAUAAAGAAUACAUAAUAUUUAAUUAUGUAAUAGAGUCUAUUUGUUUAGAUGAAGAAGUUGGAAUGCCAAGAUUGAAAAGAUAAAUGAUAGAAAAUCAAGAAUAAAAUGAAGAGAAAUAAAAUUAUAAACAAUCAGUGAAUUAUUAUUAUAAUGCUCAUGAUAAGAACACUUCUUUUUAGCCAUAAUUCUAUUAUUGCAGUCCUUAAGCUAAAACCUAAAUAAUUAAAAAACCUGAUGUGCCAAUUAUUGAUAUUCCUAUUGAAAAUUUAAGCUCUAUGGACACUCGUUAAUCUAGUAAAACUUUAAAAUGUCCUAAACGAUUAAAUACAUCAUUUAAUAUGUAAAAAUCAUUUCGUGGGUCAAUUUCCUAAUUCUCCACUAGUUUUUCUGAGAAAAAAAAUUAGUCUUAAGUCUGCAAUGCUUAAUAAAUAUAACCAAAUUAAUAAAAAAAUAUACCUAUGCUUGAUAAAAUGAUUAAAAAAAUGAUAGAAGAUAAAAUAGUUUUAGAUAAUAUAGAGUAAAAUAUUAUACUAUAAAAUUAGAGAUAAGAAGACAUAGUCUGAAUAAUUAUUAAGUAAAGAGAAAUUAUAAUAAAAAGAAAAUGAUUUUUAUAAAAAGCUACUAAAAUACAAAACAUAAUUUUCAAAAUUUUUAUCUCCUGUAAAAAUGAAAUCAAAUUAAGAAGUUAUAACAAAAUAAGAUUUAUAAAUGAGAAUUAUUGAAAGAUAAACAUUGGUUGAUUCAAAGAAUUCUAAGAGUUUUACUUUUUAAACAAAAUAGAAUGAUUAGGAUACAUCAUUGCUAUCUUUUGAAAAACCUGGUGUUUAAUUAGGUCCACUUUAAAAAUUAAAAAAAAUUAUUUUUAAUCAUCCUGAAGUCUUUCAACUUCAGAAAUUAAGGAGCAAACUAAAAUCAUCAAAAAAAUGGUAUAAUAGAGUAAAUUCAACAAGAAUUUCAAAUACAAGUAUGUAUUAGAAUAUGAUAAUAGGAAGAUCAGUAUUGGUUUAAAAAUCAAAAGAUUAAAAAAUAGUAGAUUUAAAUUAAUUAAGAGAUAGAUCUUAAUAUUAAUUAAGAAAAAAACUGAGUGAAACUUAAUUCCAAUUAGAAGCUGUAGAAAAAGAAAUAAGAAGCCAUAGUGUGAAAAUCAAGCAAUCUAAAUAGAAUAUAGAUUAGCCUUUGUAAUUAGACAAUAAAUAUUAAAUUUUAAGUCGAUCAAUAAUAAAAUAAGAGAUGAUUAAAAAAUAAAUUUGA